AGUCCUUUAAAGAAAAAAAAUAAGAGGAAAAGAAAGAGUGUAGAAAACCAUCCAGAUAAGGUGGAUGAGGAUAUAUUUAGUCAAAAUGAAGAAAGCUUACGACGCAGCCAUCGCAGCCGACACACUGUCAAGAGGUUUGAGGCUUCGCUGAGCAAUAAAAGCUAUGAAUUAUUUGAGACCAUGAGCACAACUGCCACAGAACGUAUUUCUGGUGAUCAGUAUGAAGUAAUUUCCCUAAGGAUAAAACCUGACGAUGAGGUGGUUGAAUAUUUGGUGAACUGGUCUUAA